UGCGUCUCACCAGAAGAGGGCAUUCCGAUUCUGCCUGACAAAGUUGCUUUGACAUGCAGACGUGAUUAAACAACAGCGUCGCCUCUGUAUUUCAAACCGAGCAAACCGCGAGAAUGAAAGGAAUAUUGGGAGAAAAAAGGUGGAUAUUUGGAUAUUUGACUAUCACUCGUUGACUGUUUCACACAGACUUAAAGGUGGGGAAAGCCUACUUUCCUCUGUGCGCCAUGCGCGGAUCGGACUGAGCAUCUUUUAGUAUAGAGACGCAGAGGCUCACCAGGAAUCCAAGGGGCUGCCUGACUUCACUGGAAAAUUACCUCCUGAUUUUAUGCAUCAUGCCACCCUAUUUGUGAAGUUUUCUUCUUUUUUUUCUCCUCCACCGGAUUUUUUCGCAGGAAUCUCUUUGCGCAUGUGAGACAGACAUGACUUACUUGGAUGUGGCUUCGUUACUGUCUGCGCCAACUGCAGUACUCUUUUUGGCUGUUACUUGAAAAAAAAAAUAAAGAGAGAGAGAAAACGAUCCUUUUUUUUGCUGCGAAGACAUGGACACGGAGUUCUGAGCCGGGAUUUCUACCGUUUUAAUCUGGAGUUUGGGAGGUAGAUGACAUUCGCCCCGGUUCUGUUGUACGGUUAUACAUGCAGAACUGAACCGGCUAGAACAUCCAGGUCCGGGAGAGUAAAGGGCAGGUGCGCUUUGGAGUCGGCGGCUGCGCGGAGAGACCGGGCUAGUGGAUUAGGACGAUACCUGUCUGUGGAGAGCGCGUCAUGCAGACUCGGAUGUCGCGCACCAGAAGCCAUUAAAACCUGUAGGCUGGAGCUAAGAGAUACGCGGAUAUGGGCUCUGCUCUGCAGCGUCGCUGGCUAGUGGUCCAACUCCUGAUGCAGGUGUGGCUGGCGGCGAAUCCAUCUCUCAGUGAGCGCCCAUGCCCCAAGAGUUGUCGCUGUGAUGGAAAAAUUGUCUACUGUGAGUCAAGCGCCUUUCGUGAUGUCCCUAAGAACCUCUCAGGAGGCUGUGAAGGUCUGUCGUUACGGUACAACAGCCUCGCCAGUCUCCGCGGAGGCCAGUUUGUAGGCCUCAACCACCUCAUCUGGCUCUACUUGGACCAUAAUUACAUUGCCUCUGUGGAUGCAAUGGCCUUCCAGGGGGUUCGCAGACUUAAAGAGCUGAUCCUGAGUUCCAAUAAGAUCACAUCGCUCCACAACACCACAUUCCACCCUGUCCCCAAUUUGCGUAACCUGGACUUGUCAUACAAUAAAUUGCAAGCCUUGCAGCCUGGCCAGUUCCAAGGUCUGCGGAAGCUUCUCAGCCUUCACAUACGCUCAAACUCUCUAAAAAUUAUCCCAGUGCGUCUGUUCCAAGAUUGCAGAAAUCUUGAGUUCCUUGAUUUGGGUUACAACCGUUUGCGCAGCAUCACUCGGAAUGCUUUUUCAGGCCUUGUCAAGCUCACUGAGCUGCAUCUAGAGCAUAACCAAUUCUCAAAGAUCAAUUUCUCCCAUUUUCCUCGCCUGUACAAUCUCCGGGCUCUUUACCUGCAGUGGAAUCGCAUUCGCUCGAUGAGCCAGGGCCUGACCUGGACCUGGGCCUCCAUCCAGAAACUAGACCUAUCCGGGAAUGAUUUGACGGAAGUAGAAGCCGUAGUUUACCAAUGCUUACCCAACCUGCAGACCCUCAACCUGGACUCCAACAAGCUGACCAAUGUUUCUCAGGAGGUGGUUGAUGCCUGGAUCUCUUUGACUAUGAUUAGCUUAGCUGGGAAUGUCUGGGACUGUGGCCCUGCCAUUUGCCCUCUGGUGGCCUGGCUGAGAAACUUUAGAGGGGCAAAGGAGACAACCAUGAUUUGUGCCUCCCCCAAGAAAGCCCAGGGUGAGAAAGUGAUGGAUGCUGUGGAAGCUUUUGGUGUUUGUCAAUUGAACCCUGCAACGACGCCCACAGUGAGUAUUCCUCCAAACCCUUCCAGUGUCCCUGUGCAGACUGACCGUCGCCCGGCCAUUCUGGCUUCGCCCACCGGUUCUGGAAAGAGAGGCGAGGGAUCCCUUAGGAGUCCCACAUCAUCAGCGGUUACCCCACCUGUGGCACUACCCCCUGAGCAAGACUUGGAGCCUGUGUCCUUCCAUAAGAUUGUGGCCGGAAGCGUUGCCCUUUUUCUAUCUGUUGCGAUGAUCCUGUUGGUGAUCUACGUGUCUUGGAAGCGCUAUCCCAGCAGUGUGAAGCAGCUGCAGGAGCAUUCGGCAGCAGCCCGCAAACGUCGCAAGAAAGCUAGAGAGACAGAGCGCACCCUGAGCUCUCCCCUGCAGGAGUACUAUGUGGACUACAAGCCCACCAAUUCUGAGGCCAUGGAUGUGCUUGUCAAUGGGACCGGACCAUGCACCUAUACCAUCUCAGGCUCCCGAGAAUGCGAGGUCCCCCACCAGAUGGGUGCCCUGACCUUCUACCGCUACGAACAGCCCAUUGUAGACUACUGCCAGGCCCAUCAACCCCUGCGGCUCAACAUGGGCUACGAGGGACCUCCCCAGGGCCUGGAGGGCCUGGAGGACCUCGGGCCGUGUGAUAGGGGAACUAUACAGACAGUGGCUCUGCCGGCUGUGCCCUCUGCUGCCAGCAUAGGUGCCCCUGUACCAGGGCCUCGCUCCCCUCCAGCAACCCUCAGACCACCGGCUGAAGGUCCCAGUGGUGGGCCUUUUCCUCCCACCGAGCGCACUGGCACACUCAAAUUUGGACGCUAGCAACCUUGGGUUUUGCAGAAGUGGGGCAAGUUGCCUCCGACUGACUUUGAAACGAAGGGGCAGGUGAGCUGGUUGUUCAGUGGGGCCUUGUUUUUAUUACAGGAGUAAAUGAAAAAGAAGAGGACAAAACUUUUAAAUUAUGCCUGGUGGGAUUCGGAAACACUCCCCAGUAUACAGUGGGGUAGGACAACCCUCGCUGAUCAUUUUGAUUUUCUUUUUUUCCAAAGCACCUCAUAGAAAAACCCCUUACUACUGACUCAUGGGAAGUGAUUCAACAUAUGACAAAAAAAAAAAAAAAAGUUAUUACUUUGUUCCAGCUCUGGUCUUUUGCCAUAUCCCGUGUCAGCAUCAUGGGCGAACCUGUUCACAGCAACUGCAGUCGACUUGCGCUGAGUCAGGAGCGAAAGGGAAAGUGCAAUAAACACAAGUUCUCGGUCACAAAACAAGUCGGAGCGGUAAAAGAUCUAAGAGAUGGAGCUAGACAUCAUGUGAAGCGCAGGAGGCAUCUUACUGUGAUUAUUAUUAUUAUUAUUAUUAUUAUACAUUUCUACACACUAGUUGUUAACAAAGGCAAACCUGCACCAUUAUUUCAUACAGACAAAUACUUACAUGGUGAUUCUGUUUCUUUCGUUUCUUUGGAUGUUGUAUCUGAAUUCCAUUUAUGUGCAUGUUAAACCAAAGAGUUUACUAAUAUAUUUUUCUUUAAUGCACAUAAGCUACUUUCGCUAAGGGGAUUUUUCGCAUCAGUUGUUCUACUACUGAACUAGCCAUUGCCAGCUCACAUUCACAAUUAGUCCCCUGCUAGUUUCAGAAGAACUGAGAUUGUCUUUACAAAUUAGCAAAGUAAUUACACAUAAACGGAGUAGUGUAACUGGAAAUUCAAGGAGAUAUUUAUCAUAGCAAUGUAUCUUACCUCCAAAACACCGAGUCAGUUGCCAUCUAUGACCUCAGCUAUGAACGACAUCAGCCAGAGCAGCAUAAAUUGUAUAUUCCAUCGUUUUUGUUUUUUUUUUAAACAAACAGGGACCCUUUACAGAGCUGAAUAGCAAGUCACUGUAUAUGACUAUAUCCCAGCUGAAUGAUUCACUGCGCUUUAAAAAGGCAAUCAUGGGCAAUUUAUGUGAAAAUAAGUACAUUUGAAUGAAAAGUAUUGUACAUAUUAUUGAAAAAGGUCCACUUUUAUUGAAGGUCAAACCACUCUCACUGCCCCAAACAGUCAUUUGAAACAGUCAGUGUUUGACUUUCAUCUCACUGGAGCGUUUGAAGAGCACCAUCUCUGCUGGUUUGGCAAAAUAGAGCUCAGGCCAUGCGCUCCUGCCUCCCCCAACCCUCCGACCAACAGAGCGAUGAUGCCGACUGGGGGCAAUGAUGAACCAGCACGUUGACUUCUCUUUGACCUCCAUAUGAACCCAUGAACUGUGCUGGAAAUAUCGCCUGACAUCUCGUUCUUUUCAUGGGGGGGGGGAUUUCCGGAAAGUGUGCCUGCAGAACCGGUCCUUUAUUGCACUCAGUAACCCGUUGGCCACUGUGUCAAGCAGACUGCUAUUCACUGACUCACGGAGCCAUUGAGGACUUCAGAUAUGUGGAAUAUCAUCUCCGGCUUCAUCCGAGCAGCGCACCCAGGGGUCGUUUUCGUGGAGUUUCGAGGACGCCGUGCUUGGUCUGCCCGCAGAGCGACUGAUUGAUUCACUAAUGAAACUGAGAGGGGCCAAAACUCCCCCCUCCCCAGUGAAAGUGGGUGCAUCCUCAAUGUAAGAGAGUAAAUAACGGAUUUUAUUUUGUUUCAUUAUUUUGUCAUGAAACAAAAAGGACAGUUUUUGAGGUGUUCAAAGAUGAUGUCAAGAAAUUCUAUAAGACUAAUCAAAAAGGACAAAAAUCAAAUAGAACUUAUUUAUCGUGUAAAUAAUGAGUCUUUAAAAAGGAAAAGGAAAAAAAAACACGUAUCAACUUCACUUCUUCUGAAACACAAACUGCUUGUGAACAGAAGAGGAGCCUUAUUCACUUUCCAGUGGGAAUAUAUUACCAAGAUGACUCGGUGAGGAGGUUCCUACUAUAACACUCUUGUUGUUUCAAUGAUAAAUAUUUUUCUAUCUGCUCCCUUCACUACUCUACCGUUGUACCAUUAAACACAAGCUAAGUUAACUGAGGUUAUUUCUCAAAUCCAAUCAUUUUACUUAAUUAUGUGAAGAAGGGAAGAUUGGGAGCCAUGUCCUCGUAGAUGUACUUCAAGCACCAAAAUUUCACAGAUUUUCUGUUCGAGAGCUCAUCUUGCAGGUGGCGGUUGCAUGAUGUGAUACAUCCCAAUCCUCUUGUUUAAGAAUCUCGACACUAUCUGCCAUUUCAAGGUCUACUCGGGGAGAAGAAGUGUGCUGUUCUUUAUACCAAGAGUUUAACUGGUGACGGAUGUUUCUGUUUGUGCCAUUAUUUCGUUAAAUGUUUUUUGUGUAUGUUUUUUUUUUUUUUUUUUUUCUUUACCAAAAACCAGACCCAAAACAUAAAAAGUGACCCAAAACUCUUCAUGGUAUGACUACUAAGAAGGGGGUCACCUUCGUGUACAGGACAUUGCAUAAAAAAGCAGUUGAUUCGCUCAGUACGGUUGCUUAAUAGUGCUGGUGGAGUUUACUUUGUAAUAGCAGCUGUGCCAAUGUCUUUAUAAUGGGAGCUCUCUCGAUUCUAUCCAUGUAUUGUCUUGCCUUGCUCUAUAUCACCCCUGAUAACUCCUUGGCCUGAAUUUCAUGUCUGCCGCUUGGUGACACGGGUGAACCUGUGUAAUGAUGUUCUAUUUCUGUCCGCAUGCUGAUAUUUUGGGAAACUAUGCCCAGUUAGGGAAGAGCGCUGAACCAGAGACAAACUGUACAGGGAGAUAUUUCCUGUCUGGAGUGCCCUAGAACCAGCAGCACGUGUCAUGGACAACUUCACCGUUUUUAAAGCAACUUGUCUGCUGACCAAUUAAUGCCCUAAAAGCCCUUAGAUUCCCCAGCACUACAGGCUGCUACACAGAGAAAGAGGCUUGUGUUGGGCACUCAGACUUUCCCUUUAAUAGUCCAAUGCUAAAGCCCCCCUGCCCAUGUGCAGUAAUUACUUCACGUUUUUUCCAAAAAUGGUUCAAUUCAGUCUAAACACAGAGAUCAAAACUAGUCUGCCCUUCAUGUGUAAUUACGAAAUAAAAUCUUCCUAUGUUCACAAUUAAAUCAGCAACUGAUAAAUAAUCAAUUAAUCAUGAAUACCUCCCUGAUAAAAUCUGAUGCAUUCAGCAGAAUGUUUCGAAUCCUGCUGCCAGUAAUUAUCUCGUUUUUUUUGUCCAUUUUUACUUCUUUUUUCCCUUUUUAUUGCCAUCAGAGGGCUGGAAGCACAAGCGCUGCAUGCUAAUGAUGCAUGUUUGAGCUGAACUCCAGGACUGUCUGCGCUCGCCCCACAAUGCCAACAGGCUUUAUUUUCUCUUCUGCUUUGUUUGUUUAUGAUUUUUUUUUUUUUUUUUGUACACUCCAAACUCCCCAACCCCCUUCACUCUUUGAGUUUGGGCUGAAGUCCCCACUGGGAGCCUUUUUUUUUUUUUUUUUUUCCCUCCAUUCUUUACAUUUUUUUUCCGCCUCCUUUUUCUUUUUUGUUGCUGUGGGUGGGGUGAAUAAAGGUCUGAGGAAUUGCAGUAAAGACUUACAUAUUUCAGUGUUUAUGCUCAGAGGAAAAGCUAAAUGCACAUCUCUGAGGGGAAAGGAAAAGCAGAGGAGAUGAGAAGUGGGGGGUCAUAGAGAUGUUUUCUAAUAGGGCAGACAUAGCGGGACAAAUGGGUAAGUGCAAGGACACUAUUCUGUUACAAUGAAAGCUUUGUGAUACUUCUGUCCCAGGCAGCUUUAUUUCCACUGUAACACAAACAGCUUCAGCCGAGCUCUGACACAUAAGCAUUCAGCAGUCACGCCCUUGCGUCUUUAGAAACUGUACGUAUUAUGCACGCUCUCACACAAAGAUACACCUUGUUUCCAAACGCGUUAUGAAUUACACUAUCAGCGAGAAUCCACUGUGACUUGUCAGUCUUUAACCGCAGAAACAAUCACGCGUAAAUGCAUACAGAAGGAAAAAGACAAGGGCGAUGCUGCGCAAGACUUGAUGAACGGUUGUAAAGUACUGCAAGUUUUGACGCUCACAUCCAUUCCAGUUCACCCAAGGCCAUCUGUGACGGUUCAGUAGGUUCUAAUCCAUUACCUGAUAAAUAGAUUUGAAAAAUUAAUUCCAAGCCAGACAUGGAUUUGCUGCUUUUCUUCUUCUUCUGCCAUACAUCUGCAUCUUACCAGCAGGCAGUGUGGGGACACAGUCAUGACUCUUUGGAGUGUACACAUGAAAAAGGGAGCUAAAAGAAAAGAUGUUAAAGUGAAUAGAAAGAUUGCCCCUCAUCUUACCAAUUUGAGUUUCUAUUACUGUUAGUGUGCCAUUCGUGUGUGUACAGACUGAAAAAAAUGGUAAGAAUUAAUAACCCUGUCACGCUCAAGACGCUGGAAGCACUUCUCGCGAGUUGCCGCCCUGCAUGUACCCAGAUGGCCUAUAUGUGUGUGUAUCUAUAGCAGCACCUACUCCUCUACCUCCUCUGAACCAACGUCACCGUUACUGAUGUUCAGGCCAGCCCAGCCCCCAUUGAUUGUUAUUGUUCCAUGCUGUUUCACAUUAGUAAGAAGUCUUUAACCUCUGACCCAUAUUGUCCUGACUUUGUUUUUCUGCCAUUGCUCUUGUCAGAGGGUACACAGAAAGCCAAGGCAUGAUCAUUAACCUCUGUCGGAGGAAACACACUUUUUCGUUUGUCUGACAAAGCCCAGUUUAUAGCCCUAAUUGGAUUUAAUGUGAGCACAGAAGAAAGGAUGUUUUUUAUUCAAAUGGGCUGCAUUCUUCUCCUGCAGUUGGCUUGAGAGCGCAGCAAGAGCAAGCGGAGGGAACCUGACAGAAAGCAAUAUCAGAAUUAGUCUUUUUUUUUUUCUUUUCAUUGCAGGCUCAAGCAUUUUCCCUUUUUUAUUCUUUUUUUCCCCUCUUUUUUUGCUGCCUCUUAAAUGCUUUCCAUAUAAACCAUGGAAACCCUGCUGUCUCCUUCUCAUCCAUUUCCUGCAGAGAGAAUCAAUUUCUGUAGGGUGUAAAUAUGCGCUGCAUUGUUUUCUUUGGUAGUUGGUUUGUCGCUGAUUUUUAUUUCAGGUUUUUUUUUCUUAAUUGGAUUUUUAUUUUUAUUUUUGGUUAUUUUUACUGUAUUCAGACCUAAAGCAUUUUUGUGGAGACCUGGUCCAAGCGCAAAAAUAUGGCUCUUUCUUUGAGUAUAUUAUUGUCAGAAAAUGUUUUGUAAAAAUUUUGAUGAUGAUAUCAGAAAUAAACAUCUAAAGAUGGGA